CUUGAACUCACCCUAGUUUGUUUACAUGUAUAACUUUCUCCGACAUUCUAGGACGUGUUUUAUGCCACUUCUUUUUCUGUCUCAUUUUGUCCACCAAACCUUAAACGUUGUGCAUGAAUGCACAAAGUCUACAGGUGGCAGUGUUGCACUGCAACAUCCAAAGAAACCAUAGAAGAAGACAAAGUCCCCACCUCCGGCGUUUCCAUGCAUUGGCGGGCUUAGCAUUCUUCCGUGGCCGUGUCCUCGCUGCCUCUCCUCGGCUGCCGCGGGUGGACUGACUUCCGAGGAAGACGACAGCAACAACAACAACAACAAGGGCAGGCAUGAGCGCGGUUCGGUCGGGUCCGGUGGCCGGCCCGGUCCAGCAGGGACUUAAAGAGGCUCUGAUGGAGACUCUGACGGCCAUCCUGUCCCCGGUUCAAGAAGUACGCGCCGCCGCCGAGGAGCAGAUUAAAGUGCUGGAAGUGACAGAAGAAUUUGGUGUCCACCUGGCGGAACUCACAGUGGACCCUCAAGGGGCACUUGCAAUUCGUCAGUUGGCAUCGGUCAUCCUCAAGCAAUACGUUGAAACUCACUGGUGCUCCCAAUCAGAGAAGUUCCGACCUCCCGAAACCUCCGAGCAGGCCAAAGCUGCUAUCAGGGCGCUACUGCCUAACGGCCUGCGUGAGUCAAUUAGCAAGGUGCGUUCCAGCGUGGCGUACGCCGUGUCCGCCAUCGCCCACUGGGACUGGCCCGAAGCCUGGCCCCAGCUCUUCACCUUGCUCAUGGAGAUGCUGGUCAGCGGCGACGUCAGUGCCGUGCACGGGGCCAUGAGGGUCCUCACGGAGUUCACACGAGAAGUGACCGACACACAAAUGCCACUGGUGGCUCCCGUCAUCUUACCUGAGAUGUACAAGAUUUUCACCAUGGCCGAGGUGUAUAGUAUUCGUACCCGCUCUAGAGCCGUGGAGAUAUUCACCACUUGUGCCAACCUAAUCUGUGCUAUUGAGGAACUUGAAAAGGGUGCAGCCAAGGCCUUGAUCUUCCCCGUGGUGCAACAGUUUACCGAAGCGUUCGUGCAGGCCCUGCAGAUGCCGGAUGGACCCUCAUCUGACAGCGGUCUGAAAAUGGAAGUUCUCAAGGCAAUAACGGCGCUGGUACAGAACUUCCCCAAGCCUAUGGUGUCUUCAAUGCAGCAGAUUUUGCCUAUUGUUUGGAACACGCUGACGGAAAGUGCAGCAUUUUAUGUAAGAACAGAGGUCAACUACACAGAGGAAGUGGACGACCCAGUCGACUCAGACGGGGAAGUUCUCGGUUUCGAGAAUCUGGUCUUCAGCAUCUUUGACUUUGUGCACACGUUGAUGGAGAAGAACAAGUUCAAAAGCACGGUGAAGAAGGCGCUGCCUGAGCUCAUCUACUACAUCAUCCUCUACAUGCAGAUGACAGAGGACCAGAUCAAAGUGUGGUCGUCUAACCCUCAGCAGUUUGUGGAAGACGAGGACGACGACACUCUCUCCUAUACUGUCAGGAUCUCUGCUCAAGACCUACUGCUGGUGGUUGCUGCCGAGUUCCAGAACGAGAGUGCUGCAGCACUGGCAGCGGCGGCUACAAGACACCUCCAGGAGGCGGAACAGGCCAAGAACAGCGGCAAUGAACACUGGUGGAAGAUCCACGAGGCCUGCAUGCUAGCCCUCGGCUCUGUCAAAAACAUCAUCACUGAGAACGUGAAGAACGGUCGCAUCCAGUUUGACAUGCACGGCUUCCUGGCCGGCGUAGUCUUGGCUGAUCUCAACUUGGCAGCGGUGUCUCCGUUCCUCCUUGGUCGGGCACUGUGGGCGGCCAGUCGCUUCACCGCAGCCAUGUCCCCCGAGCUGAUCCAGCAGUUCCUGCAGGCCACCGUGAGCGGCCUCCAUGACAGCCAGCCACCAUCCGUGCGUGUGUCUGCUGUGCGGGCCAUCUGGGGGUACUGUGACCAGCUGAAGUUGUCAGAGAACACGCUCAUCCUGCAGCCUUUCCUGCCCAGCAUCCUGGACGGGCUGGUCCAGCUCGCGGCUCAGUUUGCUUCCGAGGUGCUGGCGCUCGUCAUGGAGACGCUGUGCAUCGUGUGCACCUUCGACCCGGCAUUUACCACUAGUGCUGAGAAUAAGAUCUGCCCCCUCACCAUUGCGGUUUUCCUCAAGUACAGCAAUGACCCUGUGGUGGCGUCCCUGGCCCAGGGCAUCUUUAAGGAACUGUCCCAGAUUGAAGGCUGCCAGGGCCCCAUGCAGAUACGCCUUAUCCCCACGCUGGUCAGCAUCAUGCAGGCUCCUGCUGACAAGAUCCCAACUGGACUCUGUGCUACCGCCAUCGACACCUUGACCACGGUUGUACGCAACACCAAGCCGCCUCUGUCAGACAUGCUGGUGUGCCAGGCGUUCCCUGUGGUUGCACAGUGCACCUUACGCACAGAUGACAACGCUGUCAUGCAGAAUGGCGGCGAGUGUUUACGGGCGUAUGUCUCCGUCGCCCUGGAGCAGAUUGCCCAGUGGCGGGAUGACCAGGGCAACAGCGGCCUCUGGUACGUCAUGCAGGUGGUCAACCUCCUGCUGGACCCCAGGACCUCGGAGUUCACCGCCAUCUUCGUGGGCAGGCUGGUGUCCACUCUCAUCUCCCGGGCCGGCACACAGCUCGGAGAGCAGCUCGACCAGAUCCUGCGGGGCAUCCUGAGCAAAAUGCAGCAAGCCGAGACGCUGAGUGUCAUGCAGUCUUUGAUUAUGGUGUUUGCCCACCUGGUUCACUCCCAGCUGGAUCCACUUUUGGACUUCCUUUGCAGCCUACCUGGCCCGACAGGCAAACCUGCAUUGGAGUUUGUAAUGACUGAGUGGAUGAGCAGGCAACACCUCUUCUACGGACAAUACGAGGGUAAAGUCAGCACCGUGGCUUUAUGUAAAUUGCUGCAGUACAGCCUCAAUACGGACGACAAACGUCUCCAGGACAUAAUGGUGAAGGGGGAAGAGAUCUUCAGCUCGGGGGAGGGCAUCCGCACGCGCUCCAAGUCUGCCAAAAAUCCUGAGCGCUGGACCAACAUUCCCUUGCUGGUGAAAAUCUUUAAGCUGAUCAUCAACGAGCUGUCUACUGUUGUGGAGGCAAACGCCAGCCGAGCGAACCCAGCCGACUGGAGCCAAGAUUCCAGCAGCAUGUGGGAGGAGGAUGACGACGAUGGCGAAGAGGAUGAUGACGAGGAGGAAGGGCUAGCAGGGCAGCUGUUGUCUGAUCUCAUUGCAUCCAACAAAUAUGAUGAAGACUAUUACGAUGAUGAUGACGAUGAUGAUCCCGAUGCCUUAAAUGACCCCUUGGAUCAAAUUGACCUGCAGGCAUACCUGACAGACUUCCUGACUCAGUUCGCCCAGCAGCCGUGCUACAGCAUGUUCUCAGGCCACCUCAACAACAACGAGAGACAAACGCUGCAGUCCAUCGGCCUCUAGCCCCCCUCUCUUGUACUGCUGCUGCUACGACAACGUCGCCGUCGCCUCAUCAGGAUCAAUUUAGCGCAAAGGAAGGAGAAACCUGAGCAGAGGAAGGGGGUGGCGCGCACUUUCCCAUAAUGCCCUGCUUCUCCAUGCUCGUAAAAGGAGAUGAUGGACUCGUCUGAAGAGGCCACAGCUUGUGGUCCUGUCUUUUUAAACCAAUCUCGGACUGAACAGGACGAUCAAACGGAGGCCUAGGCUUCACGGUGGGCCAGGUGAUCCGUGACAUAUGGACUGUUUUGCCAUGUCUUCUCUAAAAACAUGAGUUAUUGUGUUUGUGUGUGAACGCCAUUGUUGGAAGUCACUUCCAACUGACACGGAGGAACAAAACUUCCUCUUUGGAGACGGUGGCCUUAAGCUCCACAAACUUUCUUAUCAACAUGCAACAAAAUGCUCUUAGAGUCCACUUGUGUACGUUUUCGGGAGGGGCGGGGGGGGAAUUGUCACUGUCGCCAUAGUGAUUUCUUGACCUUGUCUGUUUCCCAUACCAGCUGAGAAGUGGGAAUUACAACAUUUCUAAAUAAAAGUCAACAGGAAAUAUUGCAGUUAUCACUAAUAACUGGUAGGAGUAAUCACAUUGAUUGCAAGACCAUUCUACCAUUGUCAUUGUGCUCAUGUGGAACCAAGCGUUUGUCAAGUCCCCACUAUUACCUGGGUGGGUUGUUGACCUCCAUGCAUAUGGUGCGUUUACUGACACAUAGUUGGAACUGUUGCUCAAUGUAAGAACGUGUUUGUUUGUUUUUUUUAGUCACUAUAAAAGUUUUUUAAUGUGUGUAUA